AUGGUUGGAGUCCCGUUCACCCCGGAGGAGGACAUUCCCGACCUCUCGGGCAAGGUCAUCCUAAUCACUGGCGGAACGGCCGGCCUCGGAGCAGCGGCGGCCAUCCAUCUCGCCAAGCACUCCCCAGCGCACAUCUAUAUCAGCGGCAGGAAUCCGAAGAGUGCCGACGCCGUGAUCAAACAAGCGCAGGAAUCAGGGACCAAGGUCUCAUUUCUGGCCUGCGACCUGGCCUCUCUCUCCUCGGUCAAUAAGGCGGCCGAGAGUUUCCUGGCCCAGGAAUCCCGCCUCGACCUCCUAAUGUGCAAUGCCGGGAUCAUGGCAGUGCCGCCGGGAAAGACGAAGGACGGCUACGAGGUCCAGUUCGGAACGAACCAUCUGGGCCACGCGCUGUUGAUCCAGAAGUGUCUGCCGCUCUUGCAACAGACUGCCGCUGUCCCCGGUGCCGAUGUGCGCGUCGUCAUCCUCACCUCGUUGGGAUUCCGCAUGCACCCACUGGCAGGAAUUGUCUUCUCGGACCUGACGACUGAGCAGAAGUUCAGUGCGUUUGGGGCCUGGAUCCGCUACGGACAGAGCAAGCUGGCCAAUAUCCUGUAUGCGCGAGAGCUGGCCCGUCGCUAUCCCUCCAUCACGUCCGUCUCUGUACAUCCCGGCGUCGUUAGUACAGGGUUGGUCGAGAAUCUGGGCUGGGCAAACCGAGCGUUUGUCUAUGUGACGAAUAUGGGGAAGCUGAUGAAGCCGGAGGAGGCUGUGGGCUUCUACCACGCCCAGGGAGAACUUAAAGAACGGGCGGUUCUACGAGCCAGUCGGGAUCCUCUCGUCCAAGUUGGAUAA